AUGUCAACAACACCCGAAAAAAUAGUAUUGCAUAAUGCAAGUGAAAGAACUCUGGGAACAAGGUUGGCCAUUUACGUGGUAUAUCGUGCACCAGCCGAUGAAUUAACCAAAGCUGAAAAUCAAGGACAUAAUAAUCUUUAAACUUCCGUCUGGGUGGUGCUUCGUGUUAAAAAAAAAAAGGUUAAAGGCAUGUUUAUAGUGGAAGGUGCACUUAGCUAGUCAGCUAAUUUACAGGCACUCCACUCAAAUAUUUAGAAACAAAUAAUUCAAAUACAACAUAACAGGAUUAAAAACCCCAACUGGCAGAAGGCAACCAGUUGGCUAUUUACAAGCGUGGCCGAGAAUUUGAACUCGGGACGACAGAACACAAAUCCAGCAAGUGGCCAGAGCGGGACUCGAACCCGGGACCGCCGGAUUGCGAGUGCGACGCGCUGACCACUCGGCCACGCUGCCUCCACAAGUCGUGUAAACCUGACUUUUGCAUUAUAUUUUCCUUUUCAUGAACUGCACGUGCGGCUUGUGCAAAUUUACGAAAAGCUGAUUUUGCAUGAGCAAAUCGAGCAAGAUUUUCCGUAUCCUGCUGUUGGCUGGACGGCAAGCAAAUCUUCUUUCAACUACAAACCCUAAAAAAAUAACCUUAUUUGCUUUCAAAAUAAAUGUAUCGUAACAAGCCGAAAGCAACCCAUCCUUGGAGACCUCUCUCCUACGCAGAGGCCGCUUUGAAUUGUGGGGAGGCUCGGGAGAAAGAAAAAGAGAGCGACGAUGCCCCCCGCGCGCGUUCUACUUUUUCGAUUAUUGCUAUUUUUAUAGGGAUACUUAGCGGGAGCCUCUGCAGAGGAGAGAGCCUGGAGACCCAGAGGUAGUCCCCUGAGAUGCUACUCUUAACAAACCCGUUCCACGACUCAUUCGAAUCAGCUUCUCUCUGAUUGGGCACAAAAAGUAUUUUUGUGUCCAACCGAAAAUUCUUUUGUUUUUUCGACCAAUCAGACAAAAGAAGGCCAGGGCAGUUGAGGACAUAUUCAAAGUUUUUGCGAAACUAGUAUUCCAAGGAAAGUUAUCUGCAGCUAUUAAGCUUUUGGAUAGCGAGAGCUCAACGGGCUUACUCAACCUUACACCAGAAGUCCUAGAAGGGCUGAAGGAGAAACACCCGGAAGAGGCAGAUAUCGCGGAUGAGAGUUUAUUAUACGGGCCCAUUAAUUACAUUCCUGCGGGCGUUUUUGACUUGAUCGAGGAGAAAAUGAUCUUUGAUGCCGCAACCAAAACAAAGGGCUCACCAGGGCCGUCGGGGAGGGAUGCUGAGCUAUAUCGAAGAAUCCUUUGCUCCAAGAAGUUCAAAACUGAGGGCAAGAUUUUGAGAGAGGAGAUAGCCGUUUUCACAAGAAAUCUGUUAAAGAUCGCUUACCAUCCAUCUUUGCUGGAAGGCUAUACCUCUUGCAGACUCAUCCCCCGGGACAAAAACCGUGGAAUACGACCUAUAGGCGUUGGUGAGGUCCUGAGGCGAACAGUUGGAAAAACUAUUGCUGGAUUUUUGAAGAAGAGAUCAAAGAUGCAGCGGGCCCCCUUGAGGUUUGCGCAGACCAUAGCGCAGGGUCAGAGGCCGCGAUACAUGAUAUGAGUCAAGUGUUUGUUGAGGAAGGAAGAGAUGGUAUUUUACUGAUAGAUACAAGCAACGCCUUUAACCAAAGGAACAGAUCCGUCGCCUUACAUAACAUCCAGAUAACCUGCAAGGAAAUAUCACUUUACAUCAUUAACACCUACAGAAGCCCUUCGAGGCUCUUCAUUUGCGACGGAGGUGAGAUUAUCACGGGAGGGUACGACGCAUGGGGAUCCCUUGGCCAUGCCCUGGUACUCGGUCAAUACAUCAGUCAUGACCCAGAGCUUAAGGACAGGCACAAGAGGUGUUAAACAAGAAUGGCUAGCCGACGACUCUGAGGAGGGUGGACAAAUUGUGCCGCUGGUACAAUCACCUGAGUCAGUGGUAUCGUUAUUUAGUGAAUGGAUCAAAGAGCUGGCUGAUUGUCAAGUCGAACCUACUUACAGAUGAGGCAAAGAGAGCGUUCAGAGAUGAGGUCAAUAUUACAACUGAAGGUCAGCGCCACUUAGUUAGGGGCCGUCAUCGGAUCUCAAGAGUUUAAAGAUCAAUAUUGUAGGAAAAAGGUCCUUGGAUGGAAAGGAAAACUCGAAGCACUAUCUGUGAUAGCAAGGAGACAAGCUCAUGCAGCCUACACUGUUUUCACGAACGGUUACAAAUUCAAGUUAACCUAUUUCAUGCGGACAAUAGAGUCGUUUGAGGAUUACGUUGACCCAAUCCAAGAGGCGAUCGACGACUUACUUCUCCCAACACUAUUCGCUCAAACGGAGCCCUCGUCACUCUGA